AUGAUUGAGAGACGUUUAGUCUCUACAUCAAUCUUCAUUGUCCUCAACAUCUUCAUCAUGAAGACCCUCCUCCUCCUCACGGUUGUUCUCAGCAGUGUUCUUGCUGUCACAGCCCAAGCAGUUGAAGCCGUUGAACCAGUUGAAGAAACACGGGAGCUGCAGGAGGAAAACCUGGCCUCAGUGGCAGAAAAUGAAGCUGGAGAGUUUGUUCCUGAAGCACAAGAGCCUGAGAUGUUGUUUGCUGGAGAGAUGGCUCCUUCACGCGAAGGUCGUUUCUUCUUGUGUCCUGCUGGUUGGGAGAGAUACAAGAGCAGCUGCUAUCUGUAUGUGAGCGCUGGCAAAUCCUGGAGCAACGCUGCGGCCAAUUGCAAUAAUCUUGGAGCCACCCUGGCGUCUGCCCAUGAUUUGUUUGAGUACAGCUUCCUGCAGCAGCUGACCCGUAGGGCAGGAAGCACCGUGGCUUGGAUGGGAGGACUUUACUUCCAGGGCUGGAGGUGGGUGGACCAGAGUCCCUGGAACUACAACUUCUGGAACGUUCAGCACACCGUCAGCGUAUACCAGUGCCUCCACGUCAACACCGGGGCUGGUUGGGCCAAUAAUGCCUGUACUACUGGAUGGCCGUCCAUCUGCAGGAAGGGCACUGAUACCUGCUAA